UCCCAAAACUGGAAACUCAUUCAGUCCCUUCUGAAUGGAGUGUCUUUAACGUUGAGAGUGGAGGACUUAACUUUCAGCACGCAAACUAUGAGAGCCAUGCAUUCGGUCCUGGUCGGUGCCUUCCUGACCCUGCUGCUCUGCCUCCCCAGUCCCGGUCACGGAGAAUCCUACUUUGGGGACAGCUACUGCAGUUUACAAGCCUUCCAAGAUGUCUCCACCUUCCACCUGUCACUACAGAUCAAGACGAGUCGGCGAAGUGGGCUGCUGCUGCUGGCUGCAGGAAUGGAGGACUACCUGUUUCUUGAGCUCCAGAAUGGGAAAAUACAGGCUCGGAUGAACAUGGGGGCUGGCGAGGUUACACUGACUUCCUCCCAAGGAGUACAGCUGAACAACCUCCUGGACCACAAAGUCUCACUCACGCUGCAAGACGGCAAACUCACCAUGACGAUUGAUGAGCUCUUCCCGACAUAUGUUCCCGUGGAUGACGACAGCGAACAGCUCAACAUAGACCUGGGCAUUUGGCUCGGAGGAACAGGAGACUUGGAUGCCUCAUACCUCAGCAACUACAUUCCCCCUUUCCGCGGCUGCAUUUCUCAGGUCAAAUUUGAGUCCCACCAGUUUGAUAUUCUGGGCAUGGCGUUUAAACAAUGCCACGACACGAAGGAAUCCUGCAGCAGUGAGUUUGAGGCUGGUGAUGGGGAGGCAACUAGUUUCAGCACUCCUGACUCCUUUGUGUCCUACCCCACCUGGAGCGGGGCUAGCGGCGCUCCAAGGGUCUUGGAAAUCCUAAUGAAAACCACCAUAGAGGAUGCGUUACUGGCUUUCCACCCUGGCCGAGAUUCAGACUUUAUUGCUGUUGGUGUUGUGAAAGGCUAUCUCAAAGGUAUGCUGGACCUCGGGAAUGGCUUGGCGGUACUGGACAAUACCCAGGUGCAACUGGAUGAUGAUCAGUGGCAUAGAGUUAAGGUCCAAGUCAGUCAGGAUUCUUUUGUCCUUAAUGUAGACAGCCAGUCUUCCUCCCUCCCUCUUGACUCGUCACAAAAUCUGGACUUGGUUGGAAACUUGUAUUUAGGAGGCAUCCAGGGAAAGAUGAAGGAAGUCUUUCGUGAGAGCGGCUCCUUAAGUCGUGCAGAGGAGGAAAUGACAGCCGAAUCCUUCAUCGGUUGUUUGGGGGAAAUCAAAGUAAAUCAGAAGGAUCGAAGCCUGCAGGACGCUUUGGUGACCAAAGAUGUUCAUGUUAAAUGUGAAGGAGAGGACUACGACUACUCAAGUUACUAUGACACCGACGCAACCACGACUUCUCCACCUGUUCGCAUCCGAUAUGUCGACAUGGAUGUCAGCGAUCAGCAUUGCUACCCAACAGACGACACGCCAGAGAUGUUCAAAAAUGUCACGAAACUUCUCGAUGUCGCCCCGUUGCUCGUGCCUGAAGGUGGGGAAGCUUUACUUUCUGUCAACAACCUAAGUCCUACGUUUGACCUCAGUGCUGCAGGAGUGCGUCAGUCUCAGAUAAUCUUCACUCUCCAGAAUGACCCCUGGUAUGGCUUGGUUGAUGUGAACACUAACACAAGACGCACACAAAAGUUCACUCUUCUUGAUCUUGUCAAUGACAAAAUCAAGUAUAUGCAUGAUGGAAAUGAAAGGCAUGCAGAUCAAAUCCAGCUGCAGGUGGUUGCUGAAAGUAACGGUUACCUUCCAGAGUGUUUAAAAACUCCUCAGGACUACGUCCUCCCGGUUGAAAUCCUUCCCGUCAAUGACAUACCACAACUUGGUGGAGGAGAAAUCACCAUAACAGAAAACGGCAGAACUCGUUUGAGUCCCAGCCUUAUAAAAAUCACGGAUUCUGACACCCGCUGUGAUGAAUUAGUAAUAACUGUAACCUCAGAGCCUUCCAUGGAAGUUGGUUACUUAGAAAACGGUCAGCGGCCAGGAAGGAGCAUCUCAGAGUUCACCUGCAGGGAAUUGAAAGAUGGAAAUAUCUAUUUCAUACACAGAGGGGGUAGUGCUGCUGGAAUUACCUUGGAGGUGUCUGACGGAGAGUCAGUAAGCCAUUCCACUACUUUUAAGUUAUCUGUGGCACAGCCACAUAUGACUGUUGUCACCAACACUGGCCUUCUCUUGUCUCAAGGAAGCAACGCGUCCAUUGGUGUUCAAAACCUGGCUGUCAUCGCUCAUCCUCGCAAUGGAGAUAUCAUGUAUAACAUCACACAACCUUUGACAUUUGGAGAACUACAGAUAAUGACAAGCGAUGGAAUGUACAAGCAGGUUACAACUUUCCAUCAAUUCGAUCUGGAUCAAGACCGCCUCAGAUACAUCAGCACAGACUCGACUGACCAAGAAGACGUUGUGAGCGAGCGGAUUCAGUUCGACGUCCACUUGGGGCAGUUCUCCCUCUGGAACAACACCUUCUUGGUCAAGAUCGUCCCCGCACAAGUGAAAGUUUCCAACCUGGUCCCACUGGAGAUGGAGGCAGGCGAAGAGCAAACAAUCGGACUCGCAGAGCUUCAAGCCGAAGUAAGAGGGAAAAACACAGAUCCACAAACUGUAAAAUACGUCCUUGUCAAGCCUCCAACACUCGGUAGUCUCCAGUUGUCAGACAGAGCGUUGGCUGAGGGGGACUUCUUCACACAGAAGGACAUUUUGGACAGUGCUGUUAGCUACAGAUCACGUGUGCAAAGAGCAGUGGAUAGUAUAGACCAGUUCCAGUUCAGAGUGCUUGCUGACGAUCAGUACUCCCCUCUGUACACCUUCCCAAUUACCAUCCUCGCCAAUGCAGAUGCUCCUGUUUUGACCAACGAGAGGCUGGUGGUCUUGCAGGGCGGUGAGGAUGCUCUGAACAAACACUACCUUUGGAUGCAUUCUCCAGGUUCUACAGAUUUUGUGUACCGAGUCACACAGGAGCCAAAGUAUGGACGACUGAUAAGGGACUCCCCAUCCGGGCAGCCUAGAUUUGAGGGGGCAAUAAGAGUAUUCAGCAAUGAAGACCUCCAGUUUGAAAGGCUCAUUUACAAGCACGAUGGCUCCAAGACAAGCAGCGACGAGUUCCAUUUUUCAGCAUACGAUCAAGGAGCAGAAAACUCAAACAAUGAGGAAACGGUGAACGGCAUUUUCAGAAUAUCCAUCCAGUCCAAGAACGAGCAUGCUCCUAUGAGGGUUGUGGACAAAGAGCUCAAUAUAGUCCGCCACGGCCAGCGUCUGCUAACAACUGAUGUCAUCCAGUAUAAGGACGACGACACAGGUUUCAACGACACCCAAAUUGUCUUUGCUCGCGAGGGAAUCCUCUCAGGCAACAUCGUCUCUACAUCUAAUCCCUCGCAGCCCCUUUUCCGUUUCACGCAAGCCGACCUGCGAGAUAAGAAGAUCCUCUUCAUUCACCACGGAGCAGACCGGGAGCGCUUCUCGCUGCAGGUGUCAGACGGCUUCCACAAGACCACCGCGCUGCUUGACAUCCAGGCAGGCGAGCCCUACCUGCGAGUAGUAAACAACACGAUCAUUGUCAUCGACCACGGAAGCACCAAGACCCUUAACACCACCCUGCUGAGCGCCGACUCCAACAUGGACAUCAGAGACGACAGCGAGAUCAAGUUCGAGGUCACAUCGGCGCCCAGCGAUGGCAGGAUUAUUGUGAGCGGGAUCGAGGCUUCAGAGUUCACCCAGGAGGACCUGAAAAAAGGCGUUGUCUCGUAUGAGCACAAUUAUGAAAGUCUGAGGUCCAAGGACUCCUUCAGCUUCACCGCCCAAGCAAGAGGACAUUCUGAAGAGGGCACAUUCAGGAUUAAAAUAUUCAAGCAAGGUUACCUCUCUGAGCCGGAGGUGGUCACCAAUGAGGUCAUCAUUUCCUAUGACGGAGAGCACACCAUAAUCAAUUCAGAUAAUCUCAAGGUGGAUCAAGCUGAUAUUCUUCCCACAGAAAUGGUGUUCACCAUUAAAGCGCCUCCUCGCCUCGGCCACGUGGUCAAGAUGACAAACAGCUCGGACAGCACCGCCUCACCCGACCUCGACUACAUUCACUCCUUCUCUCAAGAGGACAUUGAUCAGGGACGCAUUCUCUAUGUGUCUGCAUCCCUCCAGGGCAAUGACGCCUUCACCGUUGAUGUCAGUAACGGUUUUACCUCGGUGGAGGACCUGCACGUCUCUGUGAACAUCGUGCCCCGGCUCAUCCCCCUCAUUACCUUCAACUUCACAGUGAAGGAAGGCCUCAGCAGGGUGAUCAACGCAGAGAUUGUCAACAUCUCGCAUCCCUUCUACAGCUCGGCAAACAUCGACUUUGUUGUGGAGGAGCCACCGCAGCAUGGGGACAUCCGUUACCUGGAUGGAGACGAACUUCCGUACUUCACAUGGGAAGAGUUGAAACUUGGACACGUCUACUACAUGCAUGACAGCACCGAGAGCACCGAGGACAGUUUUACACUCUCUGCCUCGGCUUAUGAGAUUGAGCGGCGGAGCCUCCCUGUCACCAUCUCGGUGACUGUCAUACCAGUCAACGAUGAGCCGCCAAAACUGACACGUAACACGGGACUGGAGGUUCUUGCUGGAGAGGAAGCCGAUAUCACCUCCAGCAUGCUGAACACAGAUGAUGCCGAUACCCCUGCAGAGCAGUUGGUUUACCACGUCGAGAACCCGACCAGUGGGAUGGUGGCGUUGAAAGAGGCGCCCGAGGGGGGCGUCCUAAAUUUCACGCAGGCUCACAUCAACAAAGGGGAGGUCAUCUUCAUUCACGAGGGUGAGGAGUCUGGUGGUUUCAGUUUCACAGUGACAGACGGAGAGCACACGUCGCCUCUCUACCAAUUUGUUGUCACAGCCAGGCCUCUCACCAUCACCAUGGUAACGCAGGAAGAGCUCAUGGUGUUUCCAGGAACAAGACAGUCUAUCACCAGUGCCAAUCUGGGGGCUAUGACUAAUGAGGAUGGAAAUGAGAUAAGCUACUCUCUAAUCCGCCCACCUCGUUUGGGGAGACUCAUCCUGGCCAAUGACAGGAACCAGUAUGAGGAAAUUACCCGCUUCUCACAAACACAGCUGGAGUCCGGAGCGGUCUACUAUGAGCACCAGAUACCUGAGGAUCCUUUCUGGGUGGUGAGGGACUCCAUAGAUCUUACGCUGUCGUCCCAACCAGCCCCAGAUGUCCGUCACAUCCUGCCCAUCACCAUCUCUUACUAUGCUGCUCACAGCAACAUCUCCUCACAGCUGUGGAAGAACAAAGGUUUGGAAAUUGUGCAAGGCCAGAGGAAAGCCUUUGAUGAUUCAAUUCUUGACGCCUCCAACCUUCUUGCUAUCCUACCUGAAGAUAAGCGAGGCGAUGUCGAUGUGGUUUUUGAGAUGAAGCGUUUCCCUGACCACGGUCGUAUCACCCUUGGUGGUCAGGACCUUCCCCGUAAUGCCCCAUCCUUCAUGCAGGAAGAUGUAACUCAAGGAAAGCUGGAGUAUCUCCAUGAUGACUCAGGGGCUUCCUUUGACAGCUUCUCUUUCAGAGCCCGUCUAAAGUCUGAGGGUCAGAGUGUGGCCUCACCUGCCGAAGCCGUGGUCCUGGAGGAGGUAUUUAAUGUGUCAAUCAAACGGCGGGGCUCUGACACCCCCGAACUAGUCACUAUAGACAUGCUCUUGGAGGUUCUUCAAAGCUCUGUGACCAUUUUGACCCAGAAGCAUCUGAACACUCAGGACGAGGACAGUCCGCCAGAUGAGGUGCACUUCAAAGUGACCAAAGCCCCUAGCAACGGUCGCCUGGUUGACCUUACCACAAUGGACCCCAUCUCUGAGUUCACACAGGAGAUGGUCAAUCGUGGGCAGGUUGGCUUCGUCAGCUAUGGCAGCCUCGCCGAUGGCUCUAUGGAAUUCAUUGUGUCAGACGGAGAACACCAAACGGAGCCGCACACGCUCCACAUCGGCGUCCUCGCUCACACCCUGAUUCUUGACAAAGCCCCUGAGAUCAAGGUGAAGCAAGGCGAUGAUGAGACCCUGGUGACUGAGGAGAUGUUGAAGGCCACUACCGGGGGCCCUGUUGAGGAAGACAUCCUUUACAAGAUCACAAGCGUACCCAAGUAUGCAGCUGUCAUGGUAGACCGGCAGCCUACAUCCGCCUUCACCCAGAAACAGAUCAAAGAAGGCCGAGUCAGUGUCCGCUUUGUUAAGUCCACUUCCCCUCGAGACAGUGUUGCGUUUGUAGCCCGUAGCAGGGCUGCUAAUGUCUCCUCUGUCCUCAACAUCACGGUCCAGCCUCUGGCCAACAUCGCUCAGGAUCCUCUCUUACCUCAAGGUGCUCUUGUUCAACUGGACAGGAAGCUCCUGGAUGCAACUCCCCUGGCAAACAAGACCAGAACCUCCCCUACUUUCACUGUCAUCCAACAGCCCCGGGGGGCUCGUUUUGUGAGGUCUGGAGGUCCCGGUGCAGGUCAGCCGGUGGACACAUUCAGCCAGAAGGAGCUGGAUGAGGGCCGUGUAGCUAUGGAAAUCCUAAAUGGCGCCUCUGGAUCACGAGGUGGUGUCAGUCAGGAUGAGGCCCGCUUCCUGCUCAAAGCCCAUGGGGUUCCUCCUGCAGAAUGUGUGCUUUCCUUCCAGACGGGCCCCUACAAUGCCUCUGGGGUUUACCCUGUCACUCUGUUGAGGAUUCCCUCAGAAGCAUCGAAGGACAGCAAUGCCCUCCCUGGGGCUGGGUCCCCUCGUUCCACUCCAGCUAGCCCCCCCUGGGGGGGCAACACUGACUGGCCCAACGGAGAUGCCCCCACCACAACAUCUUCUGGCACUAGCUCCCACGGGAAACCAUAUGUUUCCCGGCGCAGCAACUUCUGGUCUAUUCUCAUUCCGAUCCUGGUAAUCCUUCUCCUCGUGCUGCUGGCGGCCAUCUUGGCCUACUACCUGAUCCGUAAAAACAAGACAGGCAAGCACGACGUCCAGACGGCAGCAAUCAAGCCCAAAAACGGAGAGGUGGCAAGCGCAGAAACCUUUCGCAAAACUGACCCGGCCAAUAACAUCCCCAUGUCCAACAUGGACGGCAAAGACGCAGAUCCGGAGUUGUUGCAGCACUGUCGGACAACGAACCCGGCCUUGAAAAAGAACCAGUACUGGGUCUGAGACACUUUGAGAUAAGACACAGAGGGAGGUGAUCCUCAAGUGUUUGGAAGUCUCCUCAAAUCAUUCCUCUCAGUAUUAAAGACCUCUUGCCACACCAGUUUAAAUGAAAAUUAUUUUUUGGUUAUUUACUUAUCUCAACAUAACUGUGGACAAAUUCUCAGGCAAUGAAACACUGAAUACUUAUUGGCAAAGAAAGAGGCAGUUUCUUAUCAAAGGAGGCUCAGGCCAUGUCUAUUUAUUUUAGUUUUAUCAUUCCUCUUUGUCAAAGGGCACAAAUGAAGACAUAAACAUGCCAUGUGUUUGCAAAAAGUAUCUUGGGUGUGCUCUGUCAUUGUAUUCCAUAUGAUAUCAUAGGCCAAUAUUAUUCAUUUGAGUGGAUAGGUGAUUUCAAGUCUUUGUGGUGGUUCGAUUUUAGUUUUUGGUUCAUCAGGAAAGUUGAUAAGCCUUGUACAUAGAUGAAGAGGUAAAUGUAUGCUGUAUUAUCGAGAAGAUGCCUCUUUGUGUUUUCUCUUUUAUAUUUCAAUGUUUUUAAGGUACCGUUGUAUUAUGUUUCUCAGGGCUAAAUUCAGUUUAAAGGAAUAGUACAACAUUUUGGAAAAUAUGUGAAUUCACUUUUUUUCUCCGAGAGUUAGAUUAUAAGAUUGAUAACACUCUAAUAUUUGUCUGUUAAACAUGAAAAUCUAAUGAAAAAGGGGGACCAGCUAGGCUGUUUUGAUCCAAAGGUAAAAAAAAAUAUCCACUUACCAGCGCCUCGAAAGCCAGCCCGUUCUCCCUCCCAAUUCAUCAAAUAUGGCAGCUUGGUCAGUGGCCCUACGCAUGCUAGAACACUCUACAUGGUCGUAGUUAUGGCAAGAAAGGAGGAAGUCAGGUUACGUUGUAUGAAGGGUGAUCAAUUCCACCAGAGGUGGCAGUCGCGGGGCGAUGGAUGGGUUAAACAAACACAGGACUUUCGCAACAUUACUACGUCGCAUACGUAACAUAGCCUACUUAAUAAUGUAAAAAACAUACUUAUUUUAACCCAAACCACGAUCUCUGAAGUUGUUUCCUGUGAAAAUGGAAGUUUAUUUUGAAAAGUGUGCAUGCAUGUAAUGAGGGGAAAUUAACUCAUGAAAACUGAUGCUAGAGGGGUACUUAGAGUGUCAUAGUUUGACGCGUAUGACCACUGACCAAGCUGCUGUUUGACGAGUUGGGAGUGUGAACGUGUUGCUAAAGCUCACUAGUCAACAUGUUAUAUCUCUUUUGUAUAAUCCGCACAAAAACGACAAUGUAAAAACAAGGAGUUGUGGUUUUAUGGGGGGUUAUGUUUGACUGGACGCAGUGACUUCCUGAACCUGGCUUGCUGAAACAAGCUAGCUGUUUCCCCUGUCUCCAAUUAUGCUAUGCUAAGCUAACUAUCUCCUGGCUUCAUAUUUAAGAGACAGAUAUGAGACUGGUAUCUAUCUUCUCAUCUAACUCUCGGCAAGAGAAUAAAUAAUCUUAGUUCCCAAAAUGUCAAACUAUUACUUUAAUGUCAUCACACGAUAACAUUUCAGUAGUUUUACUUUUGUGUGUAAAGAAGAUGGUUUAAUACUAAAAAACUUUAAAAUGAAAAACUUGUUGCGACAAGUUGCACAGGUUUGAUUGAAUUUAGCUCAGAGUUAUGUCAUCAUCUGUCAUAUGUUAUUAUUUCUGCAUGCUUCCAAAGUGCUUGUAAAUAUUCACUGGACUGGCACAGCACUGACCGCAAAACUACGCAGUACAGUUUGUAGACCACAGGCAGGAGGUAUUUUGGUAGUACUGGUCUUCAACACAUCCGUAUUGGCUGACAGGAAGAAGUGAGGUCAUCUGAAACUGGGAUGUUUCCAGUUUCCAAGUCUGCAAUUAAGAAAUCAUAAAAACUGGUUGGUGCUGGGAUGGGGAUAAUGAAUAAAAUGCUCCACUGUUUAGGUUUCAUUGAUGAAGAAAAUGAAUACUUUUGUUUUUCAGUUUUCACAGCUAUUUUUGAUUUUAAGCAUUCCAUAUCUAAGCUAAAUAUACAGACUGUCAUAUAUUGAAAUCAUGAGGUUCUUUUUAUUCUUUAGAGUUGUUUUGUAUGUUGAAACUAAGAAGAGGUUUACUGUAAAUCUGACUCUUUUUGUUCCUCUUUGGACGUCUUUAUUAUCACUCUGACCUGUGACAGUUAUCUUGUUGUUGAAUGAAGUACUUAGGUAAAGUAGAAAGUGUACAAUGAGGUUUUCUUUUUGAUCCACUAAAGAAGAGAAAGACUCAACAAUUUUCUUUUUCUAAAAAGUGUUUGACUAUUGCUGUAUAUUUCUUUUCUCAAACCGUAUACCGAUGACACCUUAUUCUUUGUUAGUCAUGAGGUGUCGUCGGUAUCCACUAAAGAAAAGAAAGACAACUAUUUUUUUUUCUAAAAAGUGUUUGACUAUUUGCUGUACAUUUCUUUUCUCAAACUAUAUACCGAUGACACCUUAUUCUUUGUUAGUCAUAUACUGAAUAUACAAUAAUUUCUUUGCGGUAUUAAUCGUCUAUUGAUCUUAUAUUUUUGUAGUUUUUUGAGAGCUAGAAAUGUGGGUAUAGAUUGUACAGACAGCACAGAACUCAGGUAGUGAUGUGUUUCAGGAGACUGUUUAUUUCCAGUGACAUCUCUUACAGAUUCUCCUUCGGGACAUCACAUCCACAUCUUACCAGUUUUAUGUGUAAAUAUUUGGUUUUUGAGUAAGGCUUUUGGGCUUUAUUAACGUCUCAAAAUAUAUAUAUCAUGUUUUGCGUCAAAGGUAUAUGUACAUGUAACUACAUUUAAUUAGAUUGAUCAACUACAAAUUAUGCCUGUGUGUCUGUUUGUGUGUCUCUUUGUGUGUGUUUGUGCAGGUGUCCAUCACUCCACUCUGUCACUCUUCUGUUUUCUUCUUACCGAAGGCUGAGUUCAUGGCAGAGUUUCAUCAUCACCCCUCUUUUUUCCUUAUUUAUUAUUUCUGUCACUCCCCAUACAUCAAGUUAAGUGCUUUGUCAGAGAUUAAACUGUAAUCUGUAAACUGCAGGUGCCUUUAAAAAUAAUGAUAAUACAAAGUGAUGUUUAGAUUCUGGAACAAGAGAAAUGUCUAUUGCUGCAGAAUGCCUCUGAGUUUGUUCUCGGCACUAAUGGAAAUAAAAAACGUUCAUGCAACAAACCCUG